AUGCCAGUCAGCACUGCCCAGGGGAAGGCAAGGGAGAAAGCCGCUGCCAACAGCAUUCCCUUGAAGCUAUUGUUAGGACAGGGUCAAAAACCUAAUAAAACUUCGAAGGAGUUUACUCCCCGUUUUACCGAAGCAUCUUUGGAGGUGCCCAAAGCUGAAUCUCAGAUUAAGGGCUACGCUUUCAUACGUGGACUAAGACCAAGGGCUUUCUUUGAUAAUUUGCAAAUAAAACAACCGAGGGACUUUGAUGAUAUCUUAGCCCGACUCCCGGGAUACAUACAUUUGAAGGAAGCUAGGGCUGCUCAAAAGACAGAAUACAACGGCAACAAGCCCAAGAAAGCGGAGAAUAAGGGUGAGAUACUGGACACCCGUCAUCAAGGGAGAGCACCGUACAGGGGACUACCGCCCCGAGUGCUGCCAGUGGAAGCGCAGCCGACAUACCAGCCCGCUCGUAAUGAGCAAACCUAUAGAGGAGUGAAUAAUGUCAACCGACUCACUGAUCAAACUCCGUUGAACAAACCUCAAGAAGAGAUUUUUCAUUUAAUAAAAAAUGAACCAUGGUUCAGGGUUCCACGGGAUUUUGCGGCGGGGCUCCCAAGCCAGGACCGAAUGGACUGUUGUGUCAGUACCACAAUCAUUAUGGACACCCUACAGAACAUUGACAACAAUUAUAAUCCCAGGGCUGGAAGGGAACAAGGGAAUCAAGAGGAUGAUCGCAGGGCUGCUCCGCCUCGCAAAGAAAAGAGGCAGGUGCAUAUGAUCAUUAGGGAAGAAAGUGGGCCCAUAUCUAAUAGGGCGCGGAAGCAAACCAUCCGUUCGUGCAGGGUUGGCACUUUACCCAAUCAAGUCAUGAGUGUUCACAGUGCUGCAAGGGAGCCAAGCAUUUCUUUUGGCCCCGAGGACCAUGCCGGGCUGGUUCACCAGCAUGAUGACGCCUUGGUUUUCUCUGCAGACGUAGCAAAUUGCACGGUCCACCGUAUAUUCGUGGAUUCGAGCAGCGCUGUGAAUAUAAUCUACAAAGACUAUAUGACGGCGAUGGCUUUAGAUGUCGCCUUGAAACCGCCGGGUAAUCCACUAUUUAGUUUUAGAGGGAAAUCUAUUUUGCCGUUGGGCUCUCUAGAGUUACCAAUGAUGUGGGGAAAAGAAGGGGCCUCGCGGACUCGCAUUCUCAAAUUUUUGGUGGUGGAUUUUCUGAAACCAAAUUACAAUAUCAUCAUCGGGCGGCCGACGCUGAAUGCCUUCCAGGUCAUGAUCUCUAUGUACCACCUGAAGAUGAAAUUUCCACUUGAAAAUGGCAGGGUUGGGGAAGUGUCAGGGAAUCAGUUUACGUCAAAAGAGCGCUUUGUCAAAAGUUUAACGACACAGGUCGGGAUUAAGCGAGCACAAAGUUCCCAAGGAAGGUCAGCGGAGAAGGUUGCCAAAGCUGGGGGUAGUUCCAGGAACACAGCGGAACGAGCUAAGAUAAAGGAAAUCGGGAGAUCUCCAGAUAAGCAACAGCUGAUCUCAACGAACGAUAGGUGUAUGUUGGUGGAAUUAUUCCCGGGAAAGAUGGUUUCACCACUCGCGUGGGUACUGAGAUGCCUCCAGCCUUAG